AUGUCUACUAGGAAGCGUCAGCUGCUGAAGAUUAUCAUCCUCGGUGACAGCGGCGUCGGCAAGACGUCGUUGAUGCACCAGUACGUGAGCCACCGCUUCGACAGCCGUUACAAGGCCACCAUCGGCGCGGACUUCCUCACGAAAGAUGUGGAGAUCAACGGGCGCGUGGUGACUCUGCAAAUCUGGGACACCGCCGGCCAAGAGCGCUUUCAGUCCCUCGGCUCCGCCUUCUACCGCGGUGCAGACGCGUGCAUUUUGGUCUUCGACGUGACCCAGCAGGAGUCCUUUGCGCACGUCGGGUCGUGGUUGGAGGAGUUCAGCAUUCAGGCCGGGCGUCGCGACAGCGUACUGGUGGGCAACAAAACCGACCUCGAAGACCGCCGCCAGGUGGCGAGCAAGACGGCGCAGGCGUGGUGUGCGAAGCAGAACGCGGAGGCCUCCAGCAACAACGACACCACCGGCUUCGAGGCGGGUGAGGGGGCAACGCCGCAGAUCAAGUAUUUCGAGUCGUCGGCGAAGGAGAGCGCCGGGGUGGAGGAGGCGUUUGUCGCGGUGGCGCAGCUGGCCUUGGCGAAGAAGGCGACAGUGGAAGACGCCGCACCGAUGCCGCAGACAGUGAACUUGACCCAGCCACAGACCGAGCCGGCAGCCAGCUCUUCUGCAUGCAGCUGUUAA